UUCUUCCCUUUCCUUAUUGCGACGUCCUCAUGCAACCCGAUCCAGAACCACGCUCCAACCAGAACUGGGAGACUACAGCCAUGGGCGUCACCGACACCACGCAACAAGCCUUCGACCGAGCCCAAGAGCUCAAGCAGUUCGAAGAAUCCAAGCUCGGCGUCAAAGGUCUCGUCGACUCCGGCCUCACCUCCCUCCCACCCCUCUUCGUCCACCCGCACGAGACUCUCUCCACCCUCAAGCCCGCCCGCCCCAAGCCCGACUCCAUCCCCACCAUCGACCUCUCCUGCUGCGACUCCUUCCGGCGGCCCUCUGUCGUCGCAGAAGUGGGGCGUGCAGCUCGCGAGCUUGGCUUCUUCCAGGUGGUCAACCACGGCGUGCCAACGGAGGUCCUGGACCGCACGAUCGCGGCGGUGAAGGCCUUCCAUGAGCAGCCGACAGAGGUGAAGGCGAGGAUCUACCGGAGGGAGAUGGAGACCGGCGUGUCGUUCUUCACCAACUACGACUUGUUCCACUCCAAAGCGGCUAGCUGGAGGGACACGCUCCAGAUAUUGCUAGCUCCGAAAUUAGCGGACGUGGAAGAAAUCCCUGAGGUGUGCAGAAACGAGGUAUUGGAGUGGAAUCAACAGGUUCAACGGCUGGGGAGCCUCCUCUUGGGGUUGUUGAGCGAGGGGUUGGGAUUGAGUGCUGGCAAGCUUCAGGAAUUGACGUGCUUGGAGACGAGGGUCAUGCUGGGGCAUUGCUAUCCAUAUUGUCCCCAGCCCAAUCUGACAGUCGGCAUGACGUCCCACACAGACCCAGGUGUGAUCGCAUUGCUGCUGCAAGACCAGAUCGGUGGGUUGCAGGUGAAGCAUGGCGACGAGUGGGUGGAUGUGGCGCCCGUCCCAGGGGCUCUUGUUGUGAACAUCGGUGACAUCCUUCAGAUUAUGUCCAACGACAAGUACAAAAGCGUGGACCACCGAGUGUUGGCCAACCCCAACCGAGAGCCACGUGUGUCGAUAGCAACUCUCUACAACCCGAGCAAUAGUGAGAAUGAGUUCGGACCGUUCCCGGAGCUUGUGUCCUCGGAUAAGCCUGCUGCUUUUCGGCAGUUCACCUUCAGCGAAUACAAGAGGAGAUUCUUCACUAAGGAGUUGGGCGGGAAAAGUCUGAUAAACUACUUCAGGGCGUGAUUGAGAGGUCCAUAGGCCAGAAAUGGUGAUAAAAGAAUAAGAUGCAUCCUUAUAAUAAUGAAGGAAAUACUGGGUUCUUCCCCUAAACUCUACUAAACCUUGUGUAAUUGUUGUUCUUAUGGUGUUAAUUUGAAUAUAUGCGUUUGCAUAUUCCAUGUGAGAAA